AUGCACUCGAUCCGCAAUGUCGCCAGCACCAUUGCACACGGCGCAAUGUCACAUUAUAAUGGCAAUGUCUCUGGCCAGCCUGAGAUGGUAGGUGAUCUUCCUGACCCUUACUACUGGUGGCAAGCUGGAGCACUAUGGGGAGCCAUGUUGGAUUAUUACCACUUUACUGGUGAUUCUAGCUACAAUGAUGUCGUCAUACAAGCCCUGACUGCUCCCGUCAACACCGGUCCACACCACGACUACAAUCCGCCCGAACAUUUUGACGAACUUGGUAAUGAUGAUCUUGGCUUCUGGGGGUUCGCCCUGACCAUGGCUCUCAAUAUCUUCAAUGCCCUGUCUUCCCGCUGGGACACCACAACCUGCAGGGGUGGCGUGUACUGGCAGGUGUUUGCUUCGAACCCAAACGGUAUCAAUUACAAGAAUUCCGUCACCAAUGGAGGCCUCUUCCAGCUAGCUGCUCGCAUUGCACGCGCAACAGGCCAGCAAGGUUACGCAGACUGGGCUGCCAAGGUAUGGGACUGGUGUAUCGAGAUAGGUCUGAUCGGAGACAGAUACACGGUGUACGACGGUGCCCAUGGCAGUGACGACUGCCGAGAGGUUAACUAUGUGGCAUUCACCUAUACGACCGGUAUAUUCUUACACGGAGCCGCAGUCAUGGCUGAGUACACCGGCGAGCAGCGCUGGGCCGAUCGUGCUCACAAGUUGCUGGAGGCUGCGGCAUACUUCUUUGACAACAAAAUCCUCUACGAACCAGCCUGUGAGCCAAAUGACAGCUGCAACAACGACAUGAAGUUCCUCAAGGGAUACCUCGCUCGCUUCAUGUGGCAAUCUACGUAUCACCUUCCUUCCCUUUUGCCCCAGGUCAAAAGUCUGCUCGAACCUUCAGCAGUCGCCGCGGCGCAAGCUUGUUCUGGUGGCGAGAAUAGUGUCACCUGUGGCCAGAAGUGGAAUAUAGGCGGGUUUGAUGGCCGUGUGGGUUUGGGCCAGCAAAUGUGCGCUCUCGAGACUAUACAAGGACUGCUCAUUGGAGAAUCACGGUCACCUCUCGGUGAUGGCGAGAUAGACCCUGCACGGCACACGGGCUGGAACGGCAGAAAAACCGCACAGACGGUCCCGACGAACCAAAGUGUUUCCGGCCCUGAAGAAGAGGUAGAUGUGCACCAUGAAGGGGGCCAUCAUGAUGAGACGAGUGGAGGCAGAACCACGAUAGGUGGACUGGCUUUAUCAAGCUGGAUUCGUGUCUGCGCCGCUACCCUCGCUGGGUCUUACUGUAUCUUGGCAUAG